AUGGCGGUCUGCUGUCGCAAUGGUUGGAGGUGCCUGGUCGUGCUGUUGCAUUUACCGUGCUCAAGUGCGAAGGUAUUCCCGCUUGUCCUAUGCAAUUUGCAUCAUGCGUGCUUUCACGCGUAUUCACGUUUGCUGCAUAGAAAAUCUUUGUUGGCCAUAUAUAAGUCAAAAUUCCUCUUCAAGUUGGAAACAGUAUCUGAUUCAACAACGCAUGUCGGUAAAUUGUUCCAAAUAGAGAUCACUCUGUUAGAAAACGAAUACUUCCUUGUAUUUGUAUGGAACUUUGAACAUGUAUUCUAUAGCGAUGCCCUUUGGUACGUGGAUCCGCAUCAAAACACAAAGCUGAUACGGAAGACCUUCACUCCAAACAACAUCGCCGACCAACAGAACUCCAAGCUCCUUCGAAGAUGGCACAACUACCAAAACAUUCCUGCCAAUCUGAAAUGCAAUUAA